AUGCCCUGUGACCUCUGGCCUACCUUGAAGCAGUGGCCGUCUAAGCUGGCUUGCGAAGAGCAAGUGGACAUUGACACCUUCUUCCCGCGUUCGUAUGACAUGGGGUCCCCCAGCGAAGUGGAGGACUUCGUGCUGGACUUCCGCCGAUCUGCGGCUCUCAACGUUCUCCGCCAGCACUUGCGGUUGGCCGAGCUGGCAGCCGACCGCCGCAGGAUGUUCGAGCAUGAGUUGAUCUUCACCGCCGGCCCUGGCUACCUUUGCAACGUCACAGUUCUCAGAUGCGCUGUGCGGGCGCUGGAGCACUGGCUGGAUGAUCUGGAUGGCUCCUACUUCGAGGAUUUCGAGUGUGAUGGAGGACGCCGGCAGCUUUACUCGGAGGAAUGGGAUGCUGUGGUAUUGUACUCUGAGCUCUCAGAGGCCCAACUCUGCCAGCUUGACGAAGCUGAGGAGCGUUGGGAGAGAAGUCGUGGCUACUCUGCCUCGGGAGCCCUGGCGCCACGAAAGCUUGGCGAGCGAUACACGCGGCCCAAGGUAGGAUGCGUGGGCUUCUGCGGCACCAGCCGCGUGAUUGAUGAGAUGGCUCUGGGCGGCAAGAAGGAUCCGGGGCUGUCUUGGAUUCCGUCUUUCGAGCUUGGGAAGCCAAGUCUCAUCUACACUAUAGUUGUGAAGCCGGGCACAAGCUCCAAGGGGUACGUGGAGAAGCCGUUGCUCCUUUUCAGCGGUCGAAAGUUCGACCUUCGCCAGUGGGUCCUGGUGCGUUCCUUUCAGCCUCUGCAGGUCUACAUGUUCUCAUCGUGCUAUCUGCGCCUAUGCAAUGAGCCUUACGACCUCGGAGAUCUGGCAAAUCGUCAGAGGCACAUCUCCAACUGGUCCGUAAACAAGCGCGGGAAACAUGUUGCUACGGGAGCCGUUGCCAGCCUUGAUGAGUUGAAUGAUGUGCUCGAGAUGAUGACGGGCAGCAGACACUACUGGGAAAAUGAUCUUGUGCCGCAGUUGAAGGAGUGCAUCCUCCACAGCCUGCGAUCUGUACAAGAUCGUGUGGUGCAAAGAUCUUCCUGCUUUGAAGUCUACGGUUUCGACUUCCUCCUCGGAGACGACUUGAAGCCCUGGCUCCUGGAAGUCAACCUUAGUCCUGCCUGCGAGUCUCGGACUCCUUGGAUUUCGGAGCUUCUGGACCGAAUGUCCAAGAGGCUGUUGGAGCUCGUUCUGAACGGUCAGUUAGAACCCGAUGGAAUUGCACCCGACUGGAUCUGCAUCGCGGACGAGACGGCGGAACCGGGUGCCAGCCCAGUGGCGGAGGAACGUCUCUGCGACCUGUCUGAUGCCGACGAGAGGAGAAAGGAGUUUCUGGCCGACUCCCUAGGCCGAUGCGCCCUGGGGCUCACAGUGGUGGGCAAGUCGUUGAACCUCCGCGCCGAAAGGCGCUUGUCAGAGGCCUGGCGACAGAACGCGGCCCAGGUGACCAUCGCCCGCAUG